AUUAGGGUUCCUCCGGUAGGGGGGAGUGUCGCCACAUGCCACGCUGACACCAUAGAAACCACGAAGAAGAGUGUCAAAGAUUUGUUUCUUUAGCGUCCCAACAAUAUUUUCUUCACUAAACUGGCUCCUAAGCAACCAUUUUAAAACCUUUAAAACGCAAUGGACGAAAAGGUUUUCGAUCCUACUGCAAGGGAGGAUGGAUCAGAGGCAGAGGCCGAUGCAUCGCCAUGUUUGGGAGACACUGGAGGAUCAUCUGGUUCCCGUUUGGAGUCGCAGCUCCAGGAGGCCAUUCGGUUAAAGAUGGAGGGGAAUGCAUUCUACCGGGAGAAAAAUGUGCGCACUGCUGUCGGACGUUAUCAUCGUGCUUUGCUCGUUCUCCGUGGCCUUGACACUGAGGUGAACUCUGCCCUGCAAGGGUUUGUGCCUCAGGUGCCUAAACUGAGCCAGGACCAGGAGGACCUGCUGAGGAGCACUCAAGUAGACUGCUAUAACAAUUUAGCAGCAUGUUUGCUACAGCGACAGGUGGUGGACUAUGCCCGUGUUUUAGAGUACAGUCUGAAAGUGCUCAGAUGGAGGUCAGCUGACAUUAAGGCCCUCUACAGAGCUGGAGUGGCCUCAUUACAGCUGGGUGAUGCUCAGACUGCUCGACAUUACCUCAUACAGGCCAGCAGGGGAAAACCUAAUGAUCCUGAUGUAAAGAAACAGCUGCAGCGAGUGGAGGAGAGACUCAGCCAAGACUACCAGAAAGAGAAGGCACUGUACAAAGGCAUGUUCAGCAAGCAGAAACAGGGGGAGGACCAGUUAACAGAGGAGAAGACCUAGAAAUCGGUCCAAACAGACAGAUACAUGACUCAGCAGGAACAUACAUCGUUAAAUUAAGCUUGAGCUGACAGCAACACGAAGAAAGUGGGAUGUUUUGCUUCAAGGCAUGGCUAAUUUGCUACAUAUGGCAUUUACUGGUGUUGAAGGGCCAGUAGCAGGACUGAAUGCGUGGCUGAAAUCUGGUGCAACAUGGCAGCUUGUGCAAGAAUUUUAAUGCACUUAAAAUGCAUUGUAUUCUGGUAUUGUAUAGUCAACAUACUGUCUAGCUGCUUCUGUUUUGCAUUCGUUUUCUUCCAGCUGUGGGUCUGUAUUUUUUUUGUGUGUUCUCUUGCUUUUUGUUUGUUCAUCCUAAUAAAUAUUUUUGAAAGAA